CUAACUAGGACAGAGCAGUCUGGCCCCUUUCCUUUCGAACCAGAAGCACAGAUCUGCGACAGGGGGAGAGAAGACACUGGUCUUAGGCGGAGAGAGAAACGGAGAAGAGAGUUUGUUGGAAGCUUGCUGCAGUCACUGAGGAAAGAAGCCCCAGGGACACAGACCAGUGUGUUCACAUUACAAUUUUUUUUUUCAUAUCAGGGAUAGAAGAUUCACUGAACAGAAAUCUCAGCCACCUGGAAACAUGCACAAGCGCACAAAGAUAAAGAUUGCAAUCUUCGUGCUACUAGUGGGUAUGGCAUGCAUGUUCACUGCAGUGGUAACGGACCACUGGGCCGUGCUCAGCCCGAAGGUGGAUAAAGCCAAUACGACCUGCGAGGCGGCCCACUUCGGCCUGUGGAGGCUGUGCAAGAAGUACAUCUACAUCAGCUCGGAGAACUUCAUGCAGGGACAUGGCUGCGGACCCAUCAGCCUGCCUGGAGAGGAAAACUGCACUUACUUCAGACACUUCACUCCAGGGCUGGAUGCCGAGAUAUUUGAAUAUAAAACACAAAAAGAGUACAACAUCUCGGCCGCAGCCAUCUCCAUCUUCAGUCUAGCCUUCAUGAUCCUGGGCUCUCUGUGCUUGGUCGGAUCCUGUACCGGUAAAGGCAAAGGAAGAGACUACCUCCUCAAACCUGCUGGCAUGUUUUUUGCAUUUGCAGGUCUCUGCGCCUUCGUCUCACUGGAAGUGAUGCGCCAGUCGAUCAAACGCAUGAUCGAGAGCGAGGACACAAUCUGGAUCGAGUACUACUACGCCUGGUCCUUCGCUUGUGCCUGCACCGGCUUCGUUCUCCUCUUUCUCACUGGCAUCGCCCUCCUGCUCCUCUCCAUGCCCCAGAUGCCCAGGAAUCCGUGGGAGACUUGCAUGGAUGCCGAGCCGGAUCAAGUCGAGUGAUAGCUAGACAGACAGAGAUCAAUGCAGGAUGAGAGUGACUGUGUCUUUUGUUUUGAGAACAGAUUUGAGUAAAAAUUAAUUUCAAGAACAGGAGCUGGAAAUAAAAGAGUAACGGCAUGAUGACAGAAACUGGUUUGGUUGUGGAUGGACCAUAGCCAAGAUGGGAAAAUUACCUUCCUGCAAUUAUACAUUUUGAAUGUUUGCCUUUUCCUGUAUGCUCAACCCAGAGUGAAAAAUAAGGCAGUCCUCAGCAGCACCUGCUUUGCUAUGGUUCAUGUUGGAGAUCAGAGCUCAAAUCUGACCUGAGGCCUAGAAACAACCAUACGUCUCAGUGAGAGCCAACAGCUCUUCUACUUCUGUUUCUUCUUUUUUUGGCUGAAACUUUCACUGCCAGCACAUUAAAAAGAAAUGUUAAACAUCUUUUAAUAAACGUCACUGUUAUGUGACAUGGUCUGGUUUGGUCUCCCAAAUAUGUUAUAGGGUUAAGGUUAAGUUAGUUUCAUUCACAUUCUGAGAAUAUAGUUCAAACAGUUACGGCCUGUCAUGUGAAGCAGUGACUUUUCUUUGAUUUCAUGUUUGAUAUCUUGUAUAUAUCGGUCUGGUCAUCUGUGGAUUUUUGUGUGGGAUCGCUCAAGGAAUCAUUUACUUACAAGAAAUAUCGAUUAAGUAAGAUAAGUUUCGACAUAUGUAUUUCAAAUGUGCAUUUUAUAUUUCUAAGAUUUACGAAAGAACCUUUAAAGAUGACUGAUUUCAGGCAAAGCCGCAGCACAGAGCAGGUUUGUUCGUGUGGCCGGCUGAAUGCUAAACACCCACACGGUCUGCAUGUUGGAAAAGGUUCAGCUCUAGCAGGUGCACAUUCAAGGCCUUCUACUUGUUGUUGACAGCUUCCAAACCAAACUGAUACAAAUAAUUCUCUGUUCGUUUUCAUGAGUCAUCAUGACCCAUUAGAAACACGUGGCAAAAUGGUUUUGCUUACCGGGUCUUCACACCACAUACAAUAUCAAUAUAUUGUGUAUUGUAUACAAAACCAUAUACAAUACUAUACACCUUUUCCGAGGCGGAGUGCAACAUCGACUGUGCAACAUCACAACAGAGAAAGUAUGAUUAACACCACCACAGGAGUAAAGUUAUUCAGGUUUAGCACAAAUUUCAUGCUAAAUGUGAUUUUUCUUGACAGCACCCUGUACGGUCUUGUGUUGUACUGUAGCUGUGGGUAUUCUGAGACAUUUGUUUUACUUUGCUCAGCAUCGCCUUCUGUAUGAAACAGCUGCUGUCCCGUGUAUAUUGACACAGUUAAGCAACUUUUUGUGCAAAACAUGCAGCGGUUUGUGAGAGCAACCGUCCAUGUCAUGAGGUUGUUUAGGGCUGAAGUCCAUUUGUUUUAUUUCUAAUUAUAUAUUCUUUCGACUUUUCUGAUAAGUUUUAACAAAAAACAAGUGAAACAAAAAGAAAAAGUGUAUGUAAAAGUAGUGCAUUUCUUUAUUCUCCUUAUGUUUGAGUCCAUUUCGUUAAUCAAAUCAAACACAUUUCUGAAUGCAGUGUAUUCUGUGUAGGUGUGUUUGAAAUGUGCUGUAUCUUUGUAACCAAAAAAUUAAAUCUUAAUAAGCUUUGGAAAACUUUUGUAUGAGACUGCUUUGUGUCUUGUUUGUUUCCUUUGCUUCCAUGUA